AAUCGAUCGGAACUUCUCUGUCAUGUACUUGUAUAUAGCACAUAGCUACCCGGCCCAGGCUUGCGUAAUAAGAGAAAAGAAGUACAAGUUAGUGUGCAUCAUGCUUCUCAUGGUAGCAUAUAAGACAAGAUUUUCUUUAAGUUAAUCUUUCACUUAGGCAGAAGAGUGACUUUCAGUUCUGGUUUUCAAAGAAGCCGUAGCUAGAAGCAAAAUCCUAACCAUGCCAAGUUCCAGGAGGAUGAUUUUAGGUCAUGUAGUGACUGACCUUAGCUCCAAGAUGAACCGCACGAAGAAGCUGGGUGCUGACGUCAUGGAAACACCACUCAAUCGUUGCCUUAAUACUUUCGAUAUCACACUUCUUGGUGUGGGCCACAUGGUAGGUGCUGGAAUAUAUGUCCUCACAGGAACUGUGGCGAAGGAGAUUGCAGGUCCUGGCAUUGUUCUAUCCUUCCUUCUUGCGGGAAUAACGUCCCUGCUGGCUGCUCUUUGUUAUGCUGAGUUUGGAACUCGGAUUCCUAAAGCAGGAUCUGCAUAUGUUUAUACAUACAUCAGCGUAGGAGAGUUCUGGGCUUUUGUAAUUGGUUGGAACAUUAUAUUGGAACAUAUGAUAGGAGCUGCCUCAGUGGCUCGUGCAUGGAGUGGCUAUGUGGAUUCACUGGUGGGAUUUGCAAUCAGUAAUGCCACUGUUUCUACAGUUGGUGAAAUGCACGAGCAACUGUUGGGACGAUAUCCAGACUUCCUUGCAUUUGCAGUCUGUCUUGUCUAUGCCUGUCUUCUUGGUGUUGGAGUGAAGGGAUCAGCUAUUUUCAAUAGUCUAUUUACCAUAAUUAACCUCAGUGUUAUGAUGCUUGUUAUUUGUGGUGGCUUUUAUUAUGCUCACAUUGAGAACUGGACAGUGGGCAAGGGGUUCCUCCCAUUUGGUUUCUCAGGGGUUGUAGCAGGAGCAGCAACAUGCUUUUAUGCAUUUGUUGGAUUUGACAGCAUAGCUACCUCUGGUGAGGAAGCUCGCAAUCCAGCAGGGUCAAUUCCUGUUGCAACAAUUGUGUCCAUGUCUGUGGUCACACUUGGGUAUAUCCUUGUGAGUGCAGCCUUAACAUUGAUGGUGCCUUACUGGACCAUCAGUGCAAGUGCUGCUUUGCCAGAAGCAUUCUCCAGUAUUGGUCUCAAUUGGGCAAAAUAUGUGGUAUCUAUAGGCGCACUAUGUGGAAUGACCACAACACUCUUUGGCUCUCUCUUCUCACUCCCCCGAUGCAUGUAUGCCAUGGCUUCCGAUGGACUCCUCUUCAGCUUCUUGGGAUCCAUUAAUCAAAAGACACAGGUUCCACUGACUAAUCUGGCAAUAUCAGGAAUUUCCAGUGCUCUCAUUGCUCUAUUGUUUGAUCUUGAGAAAUUAGUAGAGUUCAUGUCUAUUGGGACUCUCUUGGCCUACACUAUAGUAAGUGCUUCUGUCAUAAUUCUCCGGUAUCGUCCUCCAACAACAGAGGAAACCGCUGCAACUGGAGUUGGAGCUGUGGUAACUGAUGACAGUUCACAGUCAGGGGCUGAGCUUGCCUCCCCUCAGUCAGACACUGUGGAAUUAGCGAUGGCUGGGAGACUGAAACCAAGCUUCAGAUGGCUCAGUCCAUUAGUUGGCAACUGUGAACGUGGAGGAGCUGUAUCAGGAGCAGUAUUUGUUUUCACAUGCUUUAGUACUGCCUUAUGCAUACAGCUGCAGUUUUCAUCAGAUGAAAUGAGAACUGGUAUCUGGUGGACAGUCCUCCUGGCCGCAUUCUUCAUUAUUUGCCUAGCAGGGUGUUUGCUGAUCAUGGUGGCUCACCAGCAGAACACAGUAGGCCUACGGUUCAAAGUUCCGCUUGUCCCAUUGAUUCCAGCACUCAGCAUCUUCUGUAAUGUUGAGUUAAUGGUUCACUUGCAAGCCCUUACAUGGGUUCGCUUCAUUGUCUGGAUGGCAUUAGGUUUGUUGGUAUACUUUCUAUAUGGAAUUCACCAUAGCAAAGAAAGUGAUCCAACAAGCUCCUAUUCUAUUUUAAUGACGUCAUCUGAAGCUGGAAAAGGAAAAUGGGGGUCGAUGCAUAGUUCAGGCCCACUACCAAUCCUGUCUCCAUCUGAAGAAAAGACUGCAGCACCAACAAAGCCACCAAAUGAUAUUUCUGUUGAUGAUAAAAGGCCAAUCAUUGAUGAAGAGGAAGUUCCCCAGUAAUCAAGUCUAUGAGUGACUGAAAGAGAAUAUGUGGAUACGUGAUGACAGAGAAAAAAAUAAGAUCUUAAUACUGGGGAGCAGUCAUGGUAAUGCAAUUGGUCCCAUGCUUCAAGAAAAACUGUUAACUAAAUUUGAUGUAUGUGGUAUUUUCAAACCAAAUGUUUCUCUUGCAAAGGUUGUUAAAGAUAUAGGGAGCUUGGUAAAGGCCAUA